CCGGGCCGCCCUUCCGUUUCCGGGAAUAUGGAGGCCGUUCCGUCAUUACCGAGCGCCGGGCCCACUGGCCGCACUGAGAGCGGCGGGUGCGAGGACGCGUGAUGCUGAGCCGGCUUCAGGAGCUGCGCAAGGAGGAGGAGACGCUGCUCCGGUUGAAGGCCGCGCUACAUGACCAGCUAAACAGGCUCAAGGUUGAAGAAUUGGCCCUCCAGUCAAUGAUUAGUUCUAGAAGAGGAGAUGAGAUGCAGUCUUCUCAGCCUCUCCCUGAACAGUCACAUGAUAUGUUGGUGCAUGUAGACAAUGAAGCAUCAAUCAACCAAACUGCACUGGAGCUGACCACAAGAAGCUGUGUGUCAGAAGAGGAGGAGGAGGAGGAGGAGGAGGAGGAGGAGGAGGAAGAAUCAGAUUCCUGAAGAAGGAAGAGAGCCAGGAAAACCAAGUAAAGGCUGUUUGCAAGCCACUGAACCCUUCCGAGUAAAGCAUGGCCACCAUCAAAGAUGUUAAGGAAGUGUGCACAGAGGGUCGAGAACUUGAAGAAAAUGAGCUGUUGCCACUUCUCGGCGACAUCACAGCACACUGCCUACUAUGUAGACUGCUUUGUGUGGCUGUCAUCACAUCUAGCUUGAGACAUCACUAUGGUGAAAUACACGUCUGAGCAGAGACAGGCAUGGGAAAGAGGCCUGAAGGCUACACGGCACACCACUGGGCAGGGGGGGACUUGCUCUUUACUGCCUCCCAGGUGCUUAGACGCCAGCUGCGUGGGUUGGUGUGCUGGGCUGGUUAAGGCCAAUGGUGGAGCAGAGCCAGCCUGCAAAAUCCACUUCCUCAGCAUCAGAUCUCUUGAUAAAAGCAUGAACCUGCAUGGGAAGAAACAGGAAGUGUUUAAAAACCACCAAGAAGGAAGAUUCAAGAGCCCUGCAUCUGAGGCUUGUGCCACAGCGGGGGCCAGGGAAGCAGGGCCAGCUGCAGGCCGAGAGCCCCACUCUGCUGGUUUCACCUGCGGCGAGGCCCUGGGCAUCCGCUCACCUCCCUGAGCAUGCCCUCGCACCACGAACCGGGAGAGCAGCCCUGCCUUCGGUGCCUCGCGGUUGUCGGAACAAAGGAACUGAUGGACUUGAAGGUGCGCGUUGCUCUGUACAGGCUCCACGAGGCGUGUAAGUUCAGCUAUUUACAGCAUUACUUCCUUGCUCCUCCCCUAGCACUGCCACCAACAAGAGGCGGCAGGUGGUGAGCAGCUUGGUGAGUGGAAGGUGAGUCUCCUAUACUAGAAAGGCCCUGUCUCCACAAAGGGGUAGGCUCGCCCAUUCUUUCCCUGGACACCCUCAGGCUGCAGGGUCAGGGUCACCCCAGCUUUUCCUCUAAACGGAUGGGAGGAGAGAAGAGACUUAUAUUUUGUAUCCUGCAGCCCCAGGGUCAGCUGCACUGCUGUGGUCAAGGCCGAGUGGGGAAUGGACUCAGGAAGUCCUAGAUGGAUCAACUGACAGAGACAUGAACAGAUGGGUAGUGUAGGAAUUGCAAAUAAAUGGACUUACCAUGAGCUGCUUUAGAUCUGCUCUCUCUGCAGGGUUUUUUAUUAAGCUUAAAGGAAUAAAGACAAUGUGAGAACUA